UCGGUCCUGGUCUACUCUGGGGUGGUGCUUAGCCAGCGCCAGACCGACCCUCGGCUUCGGAGCGGCAGUGGUGUUCCCCUCGGCGCUCCCUCGGCUCCCCGGGCUUCCCCGGCUUCCUCAGGGACCGCGGACCUUAGUCUAUGCCCUACCUCUGACCCCACUAGAGCCAUGUCGACCCCUGCCCGGCGCCACCUCAUGAGGGACUUCAAGAGGUUACAAGAGGAUCCUCCGGCUGGAGUGAGCGGGGCUCCGUCGGAGAACAACAAAAUGGUUUGGAACGCGGUCAUCUUUGGGCCGGAAGGGACCCCGUUUGAGGAUGGAACAUUUAAACUUACAAUUGAAUUCACUGAAGAAUAUCCAAAUAAACCACCUACUGUUAGAUUUGUCUCUAAGAUGUUCCAUCCUAAUGUCUACGCAGAUGGUAGUAUAUGUCUGGAUAUACUUCAG